AGUGGUCAGGGUGAUGCUGUUCAGAUGCAGUGUGGGACGCCCCGCCCCAGACCCCCGGGCGUGGGGCGCGGAGGGGGCGGGCCCAAGGGCUCCGCCCCUGGACGUCACGUGUCCUACGGCCGCCAAUGGCCGCCCCCGAGCCCACCUAGGGAAUGGGGCGGGGCGCCUGGCUGGCGUCACCAGGACAACGGGCGGUGCCGGCGCCUUGUGACUCGCGGCUGUGGGCGCCCUGGCUGCUCUCCGGCCAUGGUUUUCUCAAAUAAUGAUGAAGGCCUUAUUAACAAAAAGUUACCCAAAGAACUUCUUUUAAGAAUAUUUUCCUUCUUGGAUAUAGUAACUUUGUGCCGAUGUGCACAGAUUUCCAAGGCUUGGAACAUCUUAGCCCUGGAUGGAAGCAACUGGCAAAGAAUAGAUCUUUUUAACUUUCAAACAGAUGUGGAGGGUCGAGUGGUGGAAAAUAUCUCAAAGCGAUGCGGUGGAUUCCUGAGGAAGCUCAGCUUGCGAGGCUGCAUCGGUGUCGGGGAUUCCUCCUUGAAGACCUUUGCACAGAAUUGCCGAAAUAUUGAACAUUUAAACCUAAAUGGGUGCACAAAAAUCACUGACAGCACGUGUUAUAGCCUUAGCAGAUUCUGUUCCAAGCUGAAACAUCUCGAUCUGACCUCCUGUGUGUCUAUUACAAACAGCUCCUUAAAGGGGAUUAGUGAGGGCUGCCGAAACCUGGAGUACCUGAACCUCUCUUGGUGUGAUCAGAUCACAAAGGAUGGCAUUGAGGCUCUGGUGCGAGGGUGUCGAGGCCUGAAAGCCCUUCUCCUGAGGGGCUGCACACAGUUAGAAGAUGAAGCUCUGAAACACAUUCAAAGUUACUGCCACGAGCUUGUGAGCCUCAACUUACAGUCAUGUUCACGCAUCACAGAUGAAGGUGUAGUACAGAUAUGCCGGGGCUGCCACCGGCUGCAGGCCCUCUGCCUUUCUGGCUGCAGCAACCUUACGGAUGCCUCUCUCACGGCCCUGGCUUUGAACUGCCCAAGACUUCAGAUUUUGGAGGCUGCCCGAUGUUCCCACUUGACUGACGCAGGCUUUACACUUUUAGCUCGGAAUUGCCAUGACCUGGAGAAGAUGGAUCUUGAAGAGUGCAUCCUGAUAACCGACAGCACACUUGUCCAGCUCUCCAUUCACUGUCCUAAACUACAAGCCCUGAGUCUAUCCCACUGUGAGCUCAUCACAGAUGAUGGGAUCCUGCACCUGAGCAACAGCACCUGUGGCCACGAGAGGCUACGGGUACUAGAACUUGACAACUGCCUCCUCAUCACUGACGUGGCCCUGGAGCACCUGGAAAACUGCCGUGGCCUGGAGCGCCUUGAACUAUAUGACUGCCAGCAGGUCACCCGGGCAGGCAUCAAGCGGAUGCGGGCUCAGCUCCCUCAUGUCAAGGUCCAUGCCUACUUUGCUCCUGUCACGCCACCAACGGCAGUGGGAGGGAGUGGACAGCGGCUGUGCAGGUGCUGUGUCAUUCUCUGACAGCAGCUGCCUGGGCCCGAGGCUUCACAAGGUGUCCCUUCCUCCAGAGAAGACCUGACCAAGUCUUCCCGAUCUCCUCCUCCAUCACCCCAGUCUAUUGAUUCUCCAUUGGGAAAGGCAUUUACAGGUAAAGACUUCUGUAGGGAUUGAGUAACUCUGGUGAUAGCUUUCACCUUUACUCUGCUGCGAUGCAAUCAAAUCAAAACCUUGUGUCCAUUAACACAUGGUGAAAACAGCCUCAGUGCAGCCAGGACCAUGCAAGAAACCUGGGUCUGAGAGGUGGGCACCUUCCUAGGCACUAAUGUCCUGCUCCUGGCCUUGUCAGCAUUCCUCAAACAGACCACCAGUGAUCAGUGUUAGCACAAACUGAGCAGGAAAAAAUGUUGAUUUUCUACCUGAUACUUGAUCCAGUGGACUACUUUAAUUCAUAAUUCCAUUUUGAUUAGCAGGACUUUUCCACUUUAAGAUAAAUAGCAACUCAAUGCCUGGUAGUUUUAUAUGUAGAGAUUUAUGUGGCAAGAAGUUAAUAGGUUUCCAUGAGACACCAAAGAAAUAAGGACUCCAGACUGGGUGGAGCAGGGUCUUCACCUUUUUGUUACCCUGUCCUGAACACUUUUGAGGACCAAAAACAAACUACACAAAAGCCACUCAGAGUUUGUGUUGCCUGACUGGACGUUGUAAGUUCUGGCAUAUGCUAUAGCACAUAAUGCAUUUUCAUUACAGGAGAAAUGCUAAUCAUGUCAUUGUUCACAAAAUUUUAGGGGACCUUAAAAAGAAUUCAUUAAGGUUUAAGUUAUCUACAAUAUAAUCAAUUAAAAAUAAUGAAUGGA